CAGCAGUGAAGUGCGGCGCCGCGAAGGAACUGCAGAUUGCAUUAUUAUCAGCUGUUUUCGAGUGAUUAGAAGAAGGGGCGACGCUAAUCACGCAUCAUAGCGGUUGGGUUUUCGCUGAAUGGUGUUUGUGUGUACACCAUGCCCCUGUUUUAGGAUGGUUUCUAUCAAUAACUCUUUCCUAGCCGGGCUACGGUUGUCGCGCCUUUCUGCCGGUCGCUCUUUGGCUGUACCUGCACUUUCACGUACUCGCUGGACGAAUCCUAAUCUGAUCUGUGCCGACAGCCGAUCGAGCCAAACGCAUUUCCCACGCACCAGUGCACACCGAACGUUCUUAACAACGACCGUUAUCUAUAGGAAAAUGCUAGCGAAGCUGACCGAUACCGAGCGUGCGGAGAAGCUGAAGCCGCUGCUGGACAAUGCCGGAUGGAAGCUGGUGGAGAAUCGCGACGCGAUCUACAAGGAGUACCUGUUCGCCGACUUCAACCAGGCCUGGACGUUCAUGAGUGCGGUGGCCUUGAAGGCGGAACAGAUGAACCACCAUCCCGAGUGGUUCAACGUGUACAACAAGGUGCAGGUAACGCUUGCUACGCACGACUGUGGCGGCCUCAGCGAACGCGAUGUGCGGUUGGCCAGCUUUAUGGAUAGUAAGGUUCCCAGCAAGUAAACGCCACCGUAAAACAAAAAAAUCGCCGACAUUGGCGCCCCUGUUCGCCGCAUGAUCUGAUGGCAGUUUGAAUAAAUCAAAAGUGAACUUUCUCGCCUAUUGUGAAACCUAUGAGACCUUGAAUGAUUCAACUCGUUUUC